GGUUGAUUUCUACACAGUAGCCUACAGGGACUGGUAACUGAAAAACGAAUAAACCGUCCUGCAGCAUUGCCAUUUCUAUCACUGUUUGCUAAAACCCCUCCACACCCGUUUGAGUUGCCGACGAGUUGACUCAGUGGAACCCAUGGAGCUAACCCCCACCAAGCUCGAUUACUUCGAAAACAUGUCGACGCUCCACUCAGAGGCUUCGAUCAUCUCCUCUUUUAAAGGCGAUGAUGGUCGGCUCGCCUUGUUAUUGGACCGUACGGUGUUUCAUCCCCAAGGUGGAGGACAGCCUGCGGAUACAGGAUUCAUCACCGUUGGUGGUGAUCCUGAAUUAAAGUUCGUUGUUCAAGAUGUCCGGUCCAAAGAUGGCAUAGUAUUUCAUUAUGGGCUAAUUGAAAAUUUUGCUUCGGACUCGGAAUCUAAGCUUGAAAAAGGGAAAGAAGUUGCCUUAUAUGUUGAUGAAUCUAGACGCAAGCUAAAUUCCAGGCUGCACUCAGCGGGACAUUUGUUGGAUGUGUGUAUGCAAAAUGUGGGAUUGGGUCAUUUAGAGCCUGGAAAGGGCUACCAUUUUCCUGAUGGGCCAUUUGUUGAAUAUAAAGGCACCAUUCCACAAAGUGAGCUACAGAUUAAGCAGAAGGAAUUAGAGCUAGAAGUUAAUACAUUAAUUUCAAGAGGAGGGAAAGUUUCUAUCGCUCUAGUACCGUAUGAAGAAGCUGCUGAGAUGUGCGGUGGUUGCCUUCCUGAUUACAUUCCAAAGGAAAGCACACCACGUAUAGUGAAGUUUGGAGACUUCCCUGGCUGCCCUUGUGGUGGUACCCAUGUUUCCGAUUUUUCAGAGAUCAUAAGCGUUACAGUAUCUCAAAUCCGGACAAAGAAAGGGAUCACAAAGGUCUUUUACAAUGUUGGAUCGUAAGUCUUUGGUAAUUUCAUUUUCUGUUGUUAACAUAUGUGGUAUGAAAUGUCUUACAAAGUGACAAUAUGAUAUCAAAACAACGUAUGUGCCUUGAUAAUAGUAGCAAUAAGGUAAAAGAAUGUGAAGAAAACUUGAAAAGGUAUAAUGUUUUUAUGUGCUUUGUUCUUGAUGAAUGGCAAUGAUGUAAUACCAAUGAGUUUAACUACUGAGGAUAUAUAGGCUUGACAUCUUGUGGAAUUCAUUGCUAGCAAGUAGCAAGCAAGAUGCUCUUUUCAUAUGCUUUUGAACGCGUGUCAGCUGAUGUUGAUUUAUAAAGUAAACUAAUGGACAAAGAAUGGCCAACUAUACCCAAUUUUUA